AUGGCAGCGGCACGCGGAGCAAACGCGCUGGCGCAAGAGCCGGCAAUUUACAGGCCACGAGUAUUUAUGAUGUCUGACAUCUUGAACGAACCAGAUGAUGAGAUGUCACUGGUCCGAUUCCUACUCUACUCGAAUCACUUUGAUGUUCGGGGAAUCUGCGCCACUACUUCUAUCAGCCUUCAGAAUGAGACACAUCCCGAAGCCAUGGAGAGGAUCAUCCGUGCCUACGCCAAGGUGGUUGACAACUUGAACACCCAUGUCGGUCCCAACUGCCAGUACCCUGACCCUGAUAAGCUGCUUGCGCUUGUGUCCUCUGGUCCUAAGGUCUAUGGAAGAAAAUUCCUUGACGAGCCUUUGAGCGAGGGCGCUAAGCGUCUAGUGCAGGCUCUGGACGAGUCUGAAGAGCCACUGUACUGCGCACAGGCGCUGCACCAUAUCGAACAGACCAAACCCAAGGAAGAGGGCGCGCGGCUGCGUUCACGGCUCCGAGUCUACGCCAUCUCUGAUCAAGAUGACGCCGGAUUGUGGAUUCGUAUUCACUGGCCCAACAUCUUCUACAUCGUCAGCGUUCAUGGGUUUGGAGAGUUCCUGGCUGCAACAUGGGUUGGCAUUAACGAAUCAGACAAUGGCAUGCCAGAUAUGACAAAGGUCAAGGACGACUGGCUCACCCCCAACAUCCGUCUCGGCCCUCUGGGAGCCGAGUACCCUUAUAUCACAUUCGGCAUGGAGGGCGAUUCGCCUAGCUUCAUGUGGCUCAUUCCCAACGGCCUGUCGAACCCAGAACGGCCUGAAUGGGGUGGCUGGGGUGGUCGCUACAAUAGAGUCACCUGGUCACACGAUCUGAGUGGUGAGUACGGAGUCUCGCCCGACACAGUCAUUACGAAAGAGGGCAAACCGUACAUGAGCGUGCAGUCGACCAUCUGGCGCUGGAGAGACGCGUCCCAGGACGACUUUGCCUCCCGCAUGCAAUGGACGUUGCAUCAGGACUUCAGUGCGACGGCGCACCCCCCCAUCCUGAACAUCAAUGGUUCAGCCGGCCCAGAGCUGCUGCAAAUCGAGUUUGCUCCUGAGGAGUCCGUCAUCCUCGACGCGAGCAAGACCAUUGACGUCGACCACCCCGACGAUCUUAGCCAGCUCGAGUUUGAAUGGUACUAUUACCUGGAGCCCGGAUUCCCCCACUCCACCGGCAAACCCUUUGGCGACAACGUUCCCAUCAAGCCUCUGUCACCCCCUGAAGGCACAGAUGGAAUACUAGCUGUGAACGAGGCUGGCUUUAGCAACGUCGUUCUGGGACCAAAGGUGUCCGUUACGAAUAUGAUUCCCCCCACGUCCAAGAAGGAUCAGCUUGAGGGAGAGUGGCAUGUGAUAUUGCAGGUCAGGACGAAAAAGGGUCCUUACCACAUCCGCAGAUACAAGAGGGUGGUUUUCAAGUAUGUUGCUGCUGAAGCUUGA